GCUCCUCUAUUUCUGUUUGUGUCGUGGCUCGAGACUCGCUUCCUUACUUGAGGUCUCCAAGAGGACUUCAUCGAGGACUUGGCUUAGGGGGUGAAGACAGUGCGGACAGAGAGGGGAUAAGGUAUUUUUUGGGAGGGGGGGUGGAGGGGGGAGUUUUGACUAACUGGAAGGCCCAAAAUAUGGAAUAUAAAUCUGGAAGGUGCACCAUGGAAACAGAGCUGUAGAGCUUAGAUGUGCUUUAAAUACCUCUGGAUGACUUCCAGGGAAUUUGCUGCAAGGAUUUAUUCAGAUGAAGGACAACUGAGAUGCACAGCUCCUUAGCCGGGACCCUGAACUCAGGAUGAAACAUUUUAUGAGUUGCUGAAUGACCGUUUGAGUGAAUGACUCAACUCACUAUUGGCGAGCCUGCAUCAUGACAUCAGUGGAGAAACGCCGCUCGAGCCGAAAGAAUGGUGGACAUCGAAAGCAAAGCGACGGAGGUUUCAGUGACACCUCAAGCGGUGGAUCCUUUCUGGAUGAGACCGACCGUGAAGUCCGUAGUCUCACCGAUAAAGCCUUCAGGAGUCUCUGCAUUGGAGAAGAGGCCGUUUAUAAUGACUCGGACUUGGGUCCCUCCUCACCUUGUGUCCAGAGAGACAGACAGCAGGCCUUCAGGCAGAGUGGGCCGGAGAAUGAGAAUGGCGACAGGGAGGAGCUUAAAAGAGCAGCUCAUGAAAGCUUCAGCCUGAUGGUACAGCAGUUGGAACAUGAUUUGAUCUAUGACGGAAUGUAUGGGGCAGAGAUGAACAGAAAUCCACAGUGGGAUGUUUGUGGAGAUAGAACACAAGGGAGGGUUUCUGCCACAUUCCAACAGCCUUUAAUGGAAAUGACCCAGGAGGAUAGAUCUCUUGAAGAAGACCCACUUAGCUACUUUACCAACGGAGCCACAGAUUUGAGUUUGCAGCAUCGAAGAAGCCGUUCUAGAGUUUCUUCACUCAUCAGAGCAUUUAACUGUGAGGAUGGAGCAGUAAUGGAGGAUCAACUCAGAGAAUGGAAUGAUGAGGCACGCUGGAAUAGACCAGAUAUGAUGACCAUGCCUUCAGCAUAUCAGCAACAUUUUACCAAUGGUCAUUUCGCCAUGGUUGGCCAAUUCUCAUCCCAGGACACCAACCUUUUCUCGACUGAAGCAGCUGCAAUGUCUCACAUGAACGCUGCCUCCUCUUUUAUGGGAUUGUCUCACAAUAACCAUAAUAUGAUGACACAAGUGGACUGUAACACCAACUUCUUCAUACACAGCGAAUUCAGUCCCUUCAGAAUAUGGCGAGACCAUAACAGGUUCCAACAAGAUGAAGUCUCAAGGUAUAUGCACAGUUCAGAGUUCCCAAAGUGGGACCAGACACCCAUGUACAAGGAGCUUUCACUGGAACCCCAAAUGAAUGGUUCUCCUAUGUUUCGAAAGAGGGGUGGAAAACACCACAGGACUAUGAUGGCCUCUGCGGUUCCCAACCAUCCUCAACAAUCCAUUUCAACAUCCACAAGGUUACAGAAAGCAUCUGCCUUGGAGAAGCGCUGUGAAUCUGAGCAGGCGGUCCAUUAUCCUCACAGGAUGAGGACACGGAGUCUAGGAACAAACAGACUUCCAUCCCAACGGCCAUUAACAGCAUCGCCCACUGGAGAGAUGUCUCAUAAUGUUCAGGAAACACUCAGCUCUGUUGAGGCCCUACAUCAACAGAUUAAAAUAAUGACGGAGCAAAAUAACAAUCCGAGGUUGACAACUAAUAGACAUGGACCUCUUCAUAGUGAUGACACUCUAUUUGGGGUCACCAUGGAGCGAAACGCUGCAAGCCAGAACACCAGUAGCCUCUCCAAUGUUGGCCAGCUACCUUUGCCACUGGUUCCCAUGUCCCAAGCAGAGCCACCAGAUAGUAGACAGGAUGUAGGUUCUCCUCACAUUGUGGAACAUCCACCAGUAUGUGCCGAAAGUAGGGGAGCCACACCUGAUGCAAGGAUGUCAAACUAUAAAUCCAGAGCCAGCAGCCUCCUCUUCAAUCUCAAAGACAACAGAAAGAGAGUGAAAAGUACAUACAGUCCUACCAAAUUUAAAGGCUGCGAAACAACUGAAAAAAGCAGAGAACCUCUUCUGUGGGAAUCCAAAGACACUGUGAUUGAUAUACCUGAGUGUCUACAAGCAGACAUUCAGGAAUCUAGCUGGACUGACGGAGCCUCACAUCAAUAUAUUCAACCCUAUCACAGCCCCAGGCUUUUUUCUCCUGGAUCAACUUCUCAGUCCAAUACAGGGCAAGUUUCAGACUAUAAGAUGGCUCAGAGACAAGAUGAAACAGUCCAUCAGUCUGGGCACAUACCUGAAAAUUACACCAGAAAUCAUUUCAGUGAAGACCUGGCAUUAUUUUCUCCCUAUAAGCAGGACAUGGCGGACAUUCGGGUGGGAGCGGAGGCAUACACACACAAAUCGUCUUUCAAUACCACAGACAUGAAUUGGCAAAUGGGUGAAAGCAGUCAAAUAUCUAGGGAAGGUGCCUAUUUGAAAGAACGAGAUGUGAGGCAUUCUGCUGAGGUGGCUCAACAAAAUCAGAACAAACACAAUUAUAACAAUGUUUCAAAGGAAAGGAGGCGAUCUCCAAAUACCCCAAACCAAUUGGCUCUGAAAGCAGUUGCAGCUCCAUGGAAACAAGACACUUCACCUUUUAAAGAAAAACACCAACAUGCUCAGGCAAACCAACAAGCUGUCCCUGUAAAGCAUAUCAGUCCACCAAGAAACGAUCACAGAAGAGAAAGUCAGCAGGACACAAAUAAGGAAGCUAAGAGAAAACCAGAGUGUAAUAUUCCUGUUAAAGAUCCAGACUUUUGUGAAAAAGACACAAAAGAGGAUUAUUUACGACAGAACAAUCAUGGAAAUGGACAUAAAGAACCUGACAAAACUAUGCAAAAUCAAGAAACAAGUCAGAGAAAAGUAUAUCCACAAAUAUUAAAGGAAGAAAAGCCAAAAGCAGCUGAGCAACAGAACACAUCAAACAGCCAAAACAUCUCAUUAUCAGCCAGCGGGAGGACAGAAAGGGUCCACCAAGUAAAGGGUGGGCAAUUGAUGGAGGUCAUGGCUGGGCAAAAUACACCUAAAGGAAUACAGUCAGAGCAAAGACAAUCUAAAAUUCAGCAGUGGGAUCAUUUGCAUCCCAAAGACACGUCUGCUUUGUGGCAGACUGGUUCGGUUGAAGCAGAACCAGCGCAACCAGAAAAGACUAUUGAAACAACAGGGGUUAAGGUCAAGUCAGGACAAGAUGAAGCAAAAGAGCAAAGAAACAAGCAGAUAAAAGGAAAACAAAAAGACAGAACCAAUGAGAAACCAACAAGAGCUCCAACUCAAGUUGGAGAUAGUAAAGGAGAAAGCAAUUAUGUAAACGCAAAAGCUGAAGAGAUGAGAGGUGUGCAGAGUGAACGAGUCCAAGCAGAGCAAGCUGACUUGGAGGAACUUAAGGCAAACAGAGACCAGGACGAAACCGUCCCAAAGCAAGUCAACAAGGAAGAAGCUCAACUACAGGCUAAAGCAGAAGACAAAAUGGAAGCGCGCAGUGGAAAGGACAAGCAAAACGAAAAGAAAGCUGAGAGAGAAUCAAAAGUCAAUGCUCAACCUAAAGAAGAAAUACAUGAAGCCAAAGAGAAAAAUUAUUUUGCCAGAAAAGCAGAACUGGCUAAGAUGGAGCUAACAAACAUGGAGCUGGCAAAAGUAGUCCUCGUGAAACACCAACACAGAAAGCAAAGAUCAUCAAAGCCCACGGCAAUCCUAACAAUGCAGCAUCACGUCAAGAGUGAGCCCAAUAAAAUUGACCGUGUAAAGGUUGAGUUAGCCAAAGCUAAAGCUGAGCUCGCAAAAAUAAAGGAGAAAACGAAGGGAGAGCAAAGUCUGAGAGAGAAAUAUGGCUUUAGUGAUUCACUUCCACCCAAAAUGACACCAGGGUCAAACAUUUCUUCAAAAGAUGGCAACGUAACUCCAUCAGCUGUGUCACUUGAUGUUGCAGAAGUUAAUACCAACAAAUCAAAUGGUGACAACACCACAGUCAGUCGUGAACCCAAUAAGGACAAAGUCACCUCUAAUAAAGGUAAUGAGAAUCUUUAUACCUACAGCGAGUCAUCCAAAGAAUUUAAAUUAUCUCAGGAAGACUAUUUACCUUCUUGUGUAGAUAAAAGAGCAACUGGUGACGCAGUUUCGGAUAUUGGAAAGGAAGACAAAGUUAAAAAAUUGGAAUCAUUUUAUCCCGACUUCUAUUCUUCUGCUUCAGAACAUUCAGAGUCAGCUCGAAAUCCUGAAAGGAAACACAAAUCUGAGCGUCUGAAAGCAAUGCCCCAUAAAGAGAAAGCUCAGACAAAACAGGAGAUUCUUACUUCCAAAGUAAAGGCUCAUGCUGAGAAAGAGAUUUCAGCUCUGAUGGAAGGUUUUGCUUCACGGGAAGUCUUCACAUCUAAAAACACCACCAAACCACUACCAGCUAGUCAGAAUCUUCAUUUGAAGCAUAAACCUCCAUCGCAUGAAGUGCUCAGAGACCAUGGAAUCUCAACAUCCAGUAAUAAUGCCACUAAACAUCAGACGGAAGCAUUAGGAAUGGAGGACAAAGCUCUUCCCAGCUUUGAAGGAAUCAGCAAUCAAACUGUCAAUCACCUGCAACAGCUACUUCCCACAGAGCCUAUGAAGAGCAAUGACCCCACUCCAGAAAUUGCACCCACAGAGAUGAAAAUGACACCUGGCUAUUCUGCGAGCACAGAGAAGCAAGCAGAUCAUCAUGAAAUCAGGUCACCAAUACAAAAUAAGGAUCAGGAAUCAAAGUACAGUAAAGAACAAACAGCAGUAGAACCUGAUGAAAACUCAGAAAAACUAGAAUCGGAAUCACUCAUUUUCAAACCAGAUCCACCCGUCAACAACAUGAAGUCACAGCAAGAUGCAAGCGAAGAGGGCGCAGUUCAGAAAGACUUUGUCUUUGGACAGAUUAAGAGCUCAGGGGCAGAGGACAAUUUAAAGAUGAUGGGAAUAAUCGUGACUGAGAAAUUGGACAAUCAAGAAGGUAGUGGUGAGCCUGACACGUCCUUCCUCAAUUCAAGUACAGAAACGAGUCAGAAGAGUGAAUGUUUGAUACAUAUCAACUCAGGACACGCAAAGGAAACUCUUCCCACAGAAAAUAAAACUCAAAAUGAAGUUGGUAUGAAUGUUCAUCAUGAAGAAACCAUAAAGAAAAGCGGCACUGAAAAUGUGACUAAGGAAAUGGCCUCUCCCUUGCAGCAGUAUUCCCACAUCAAUGCAGGACCCCAAAGCAAAAUACAAGUCGAAGGACCCAUGCCUGGAAAAGCUGUAACCCCCACACUCAGUUCUAUAAAUAAAGCAGCAGCCGAAACUCAACUCCAGGACGUAACGACAUUAGAAAUGGCAGGAUGCACACUCGAAACCUUUGACACAGCAAAGAACUGCCGCAAAGAUCAAGACGAAAUUAAAACCAAAGAAUUGACUUCACAAUUAAAGCACGUCACAGACAAAUUAAUAAACACAGGACUCGACUCGAACCAGGAUUCCAAUAAGGCUGCUGCAGAAACUCAAUCUCUCACACCGUCACUGGAAAAGGAUAGCGCACCUGACAUAAAUCCAUCUAAAAUCAGCCACAUAGAAAAUGAAAGUGCACCUCUACUGGAAGAAAAUAGAAAUGACAAUACCACUCCCCAAUUAAUUAAGACUGAAAGCAUGAAUGAAUCUUCAAAACACAAAGAGUCAAACGUGGGAAUUAUGAAUCAGCUUGAACAUGUUCACAUAGACAACAUUGUCAUCAGCGUCAUACCAGCAGCAGUCAAGACUGACAAUGUGGAGAAACAUCAGAGUACAACUGGCUCUGAUGUGGCUGCAGUUGAGGAACAUCAACAUCAAGCAUCAGCGAGUGCGGGUGAAAACAUGAGCACAUCAAUCCAAAAUCAGGAAACUACUUCAAAAGACUGUGACGAGCCAAAGAAAGAGAAGUUGGAAGACAAACUGAGUGUACAAGAUGUUUUAGCGAGUGUAAGAAAAUUGGCUGACUCAAUAAAAAACACAGACCGAAACUCUCGCAUGAAUACAAGAGAAGACAUAGCACUUGCUCCACAAGCCACUGAGGGAGACUACUUCCAAGUUCAAGGAAUACCUGGAAUAUCAUUUAGAGAUAAUAGCACACACACAGAUGUGUCAGAUGUUUCAAAAGCAUUGGAACAUUCCGACCAAGCUCAGAAUAAGUCAGCAUCUUCCACAGUAAGUGUUGAAAACGAGAGCAUGCGUAAACACACAAGGGUUGCAGCAGAUAAGAACUCUUUGCCACAUAGUGAUUGUCCCACAGAGGUACAAAACUCUGAAAAGAUGGCGACUGCCAAAACGGUGGAUGUGAGAAAGCAACAGUCGGAUUUGAGAUCCAGUUUAUCAGUAAGGGAAAGACAUAACUCAAGAAUUUCACAGCCAACAAGGGAAGAGCCAGAAGUGAAAGCAAAACCAAAGAACAGAGCGUCGACAAUUCCGGAGAUAUCAGCCCUUGCAGACUAUGCUAGAUUAAAAGUCAUUGUUCCAGAAGACAGCGAAAAUAAAAUUCAGGAAUUCCCUCCUCACAAGAAAGAAGGAUUCUUUCCACUGAUACAAUCUCGUCAUAGCAGACGCCCAGUAUUCACUGCUGAGCCACAAGAGACGAAAGACAAAAGUGAGCCAAAAAAGACAGAGAUUAACACCAAAGUCAGCAAAGAGCCCAGACCGGUUGUGUUUCCCAUAACUGAGAAAGAGCAUCAGCGGACAGGUAUGUUCAAACUGGGAGAGAAGGACAGACGAGAGAAAACCACUUCUGAUGUCAAAGACCAUGAAAGAGUUUUGGAAAAUCAGCUACCACAGUUCACACAGAGAAAAACAACGAAAGAUCAAGUUAAAAGUGAGGUCAACAGGGAAGAGGUCCAAAAGGUUGAGGGACAAAUAGUUAGUCAUCAAAGAAAUAAUCAAAUGCAAGCUUCAAGCCACUCUUCCUCAAUUAAUAAAGCAAGAGAAGGUCAUCAGUCACAACCACAGAAACUAAUUGAUACCCCAAAUCCUAAUGAAAAAAUGUCAGACUUGACCUCAAGUGAUAGUUUGGUGCUCAGGAAUAAAGGCUCUUCCACAAAAUCCAAUGUGGAGACAAAUUUUCAAGAGAGAGCUUCAAGAAUUAGAAAUGUUAUAAAUGAAGACACAACACGAGAAAGAAAAUCAGAACAAUCAAGAAAAGAAAAGCUUGACACUUAUCAAGAAGAGACAAAAGACAAAAGACUGGCGCGAGCACAACUACAGCAACAAGAAGAAGCUUCCAAGAGAAGGGAAGCUGUAAUUGCAGAAGAUAUAAAAAAAAAGAUAGAGGAGAGGCGAGCUCUCAUAUCAGAAGAAAGAAAACGAGCACAAAGAGAAGCAGCAUAUUGGGAAAAACUCAAAGAAGCACAAAGGAUGGAGGAGGGAAAAAAGGGAAAACAAACAGAAGGCAGGAGAACAAAUCCAGGAAAGGAUGAAAAAAGGAACAUACAAGAAGGUGAAAACACACUAAGAGCCCAAGAGGAAAAGCAAGGAAACAUCUCAGGUGGGCAGAGGAACAGACUGGAACAAACACAGGCAGAGAGAACUCCUCAAGAUGAAGAGCAGAUAAGAGCCGUGCUCAUAGAGGAACAACGUCUAGCCAAGAGGAUUGAGGAAAGGAGACUUGCGGAGCAGGCGAGGAUCAAAAAGAUUCAAGAGCGCCUGAGAGAUGAGCAGAGGAGAGAAAAGCAAAAAAGAGCCGAACAGAUGACAACUGACGAAAAGCCGAACACCAGUGCCAACAUGAGAGAGGAGCAGUUGUCCAAAGUUGAGAGGGUGAGUGCACCUGAAGAGCAGAUAAGAGAUGAUGAUGUCAUGGCUAAAAUGGAAGAAGAAUAUUUAACAGCUCAAAGUGAGAUAUUCUCGACCGGUGAGGAGCAGAAACGUGCAUCGCGGUUGAUGGAUGCUCUUCAGUACUACACCAUCACCACUACAGAUAAGAAACCCAAAGAAGGACAAACAGACACCCCGCUACCCCUCCAACAAAAACAACAGACCUCUGUGCCCGCAGAAGAAUCUGGAUCACACAGAAGGUUACCCAGGCCACAUGCUCCACCAUCUCCUGCUCCUUCUCUUCCACGCUCCAAUACUUCCUCCCCAGCACUUGGAGGCAAACCCUUGAUGUUCAGAGUGAAGGAUAACACCAGAGGUUCUUCUUUCACUAAAUCAGUUAAACCACGCUUUCAUAAGAACUUUACAGAAGAGUCCAGAGCGAAUUCACCAAUAGAAGGAAGACCAGAGAGAAGAGAGGAUGAUCUUGAGGUACUGAGGCGUAACACCGGCACGCCCAUCAACCCUGACGCAGUCAAAGGAUUAAACCGACUUACUCCUAUUAACGAAUCUUCUGUCUCUCAGCCAGCAUCUUCCUCACAAGAUCACUCAGCCCCUCUUGCACAUCACAGGCCCCUCUCCAGGAGAAGCAUCGCUCUGGAUGAUGACGACUCUCGAUCGGUUAUCAGUAACAUGUCUGAGGAUGUACAGAGUUUUGCCACCAGUUCUGCUGACAUAGCAGAUUUGAGAGGACUAUAUGAUUACGAAAGGCCGGUCUCAGCCUGCAGCUUUAGCAGUGAUUUGUCCCGUUUGGGAAAACCUCCAAGUGUUCCCCCAAAGAGUGACAAAGCCUUGCGCAGGGCACAAAGACUGACAACUCGUAGGAUAAAGAAAGAAGUGACGCAAAGCUCAGCAACCAACCCUGCAGAGAAAACACAACAGGAAGCCACCGAUAGGCCUGCUUCUGCCUCCACCGAGGUACGGUCCUUAAACCGCCAUGCCGUGGCUUCUCCGCAUUUUGCUCCUCCUGUCUCCCUCACCCAUGCGCCGACAUCUGGGCCUGGCUUACCCUCCACACACACAGAGAACCUACGCUCACGCCGCGCUUUCCAUGCCUCCCCUCAUACCACGGCCCCCGUCUCCCUCCCUGUCACCUCCCCUCAUGUCACUGCACCAGUUACGUCUCCUUCGCCUGCACCUGUAUUUCACUCUGUCACCACUGCUCAUCCCGCCACCCCCAUCUCCCCACCCAUUAAUGCAUCUGCAAUUUCCUCCCCUCAUUCCAUUGCACCUGGACUCCAUUCAGUUCCAUUUCCUCAUGCCGCCACCCCUGUGUCCCUGCAUGCUGCCUCCACUCAUGUAACCUCACCCACAUCACAUCAUCUGGCCUCACCUCAUUCCACUGCAUCCCCUCACACCUCUGCCACGUCAUCCCAGCCAGUAGCCGCUCUUCAUACCACGGCUUCCGUGACUCAUUCAGCUGCCUCUCAUGUCCUGGCCCCUGUAAACAAUCCAUCCGCCACUCUUCAUGUCACCGCUUCUCUCGCCAACCCAUUCCCUUACAUGCCUGCCUUUGUCUCCCAUCCUGUUGCCAGCCCUCAUGUCACUGCCCCCAUGUCACUCCCAGUGUCCUCCCCUCAUGCUUCUGCCCAGAUUACCCACAUUGCUGCUCCAAAGACAGUUCAACAUGUUCCUUCUUCUCCCACUGUCCAUUAUGCUACCCACUCAGCUCCAGUGACACAGUACCAUGUAGACUCAAGCUAUCCCCAGUCCUUUCCCCUGACCCAGCGCAAGGUGUUGCAAGACCCUGGCUCUGGCCAAUAUUUUCUUGUAGAUGCACCCGUCGAGGUGAAAAUGAAGACUUUCUUUGAUCCGGAGACGGGAAAGUACGUUCAACUCAAUGUCCGUGAGUCUGGCCAGAACAUCUUUCAACCUCAUCUCCAGCCUGUGUUGACCCAGCCAAUAUUCCCUCAGGUGAAUAUACCCCAACUGCAGCUCAAGCCUGAGCUUCUCUCUCAUAGUUCGCCGGCUGACAUGCCUUUUAGACUUUAUAAAGGCUUCCAAGCUUAUCCACAAGUUUACAAACCCCAAGGUAUUGCCUCUAUGCUUUCCCACAGGCCAUCCUCAGGCGUUUCAGUCCACGAGGAACCCUAUUUAAAAAAUAACUGCAACACAAAUCAAUCCAAUGAAAUUGGUCGCAAAUCCGAAGGUCAACAUUACAUCCCUGAGCAAACGCCGUACAUGGAUACUGUUAAUGACACAAACAAAAUACAAAACACUGUUUACAGCAUGCAAGGAUCCUUCCCAGAGUGUGACGCAAACAACCACCUUGCAGGAAGCCUUUGUGAAAAUGAUAACUCAGCACACCCAAGGUGUCAGCCACGCGAUAUAAUAUCUAUGAGUGAACUGGAUGACUUUAUGGAGAUGACCGACUGGUGAGGUAUUGGGGGGGUGAAAAAAAUAAUUGCUUUGGUGUUGUGGUGAGCGUCAGUGUAAACAAUUCAAUAAAGUAGUAUUUUAUUUAUACAGUGAUAUUUUUCAGGUGAAAAAAAAAAACACCUUUUGAUAUUUUCAGUUUGUCUCUCUGAAAUGCUGUUACAUUGCUUAUGCUUAGAUUUAUUGGGAUAAAGCUUGUGCUAGAGUUCACCAUUCCAUUGUCCUUUAUGAAUGUGAGAUGCUAAAGUAGCACUCUAUGUAAACGUUGCCAUAGCACAACUUUUGGUUUGUGAUGCAUGUCUUGUGAUGCCACUGAAGAUCCUACUGAUGUAAAGAAGCACUAUAUGAAGCUGUUGUAAAGUGUCAUACAAAAGUUGCUAUUUAAUUUUGAAAGUUGUGUUUUGCUGUGAAACAAAGCAGUGUGGGAUGUACUAAAGAUACACUCGACUCAACAGAAUAACAAUCAACCAAAUGACUACCUUUCAGAAAUCGCCUGAUUGCUGCAGAUUUCAUUUUGUGACUUGAAAACACAAUAAAUGCAAUAAGAAGAUAUUACUUGUUACCUGUUUUGACAUUUGAAAUGUUUCCUGGGUCUGAAUGACUGAAAUUAAACAUCUUUUCCGCUGAUUGCGUUCAACAAUUAUGAAGGGCUGUUUAGAGUGCAUUGAUAGGUCCUUGGAGAGUUAAUAAACAAAAGAAAUAUUUUGCAGCGUA